AUAUCAAAAUAUCAAAAUGAUCAUGCAAAGCAAAAGACCAAAGCAGAAUCAAACAAAGCGAACAAAAUACACUGCACUUCUAGAGAGAGAGAGAGAGACAGAGAGAGAGAGAAAUAAACACGAACGAACAAUCGAUCGAUCGAUCUUCCAUUAAUGGCGACCUCAAAGAGCUACUUCGCUAGGGCAAACUACAGGUUCCUCUCCAGCGACAUAGCCCCUCCGAUCGUUUCCGAGUCCGCGUUCGAGCUCGACGAAUCGGACGUUUGGAGCUCCGCCCGUUCGUCUUCGCCGGAGUUUCGGAAACAGGUGGCGAGUUCUCGAGUCUCGAAGAAGUCGGCGGCAAAGCGAGGAGAGGCCGGAGCAGCGGCGGCGUUGCCGGUGAACAUACCUGAUUGGUCGAAGAUACUGAAGGAGGACUAUAAGGAGAAUCGGUGGAGAGAGAGCAACGAUGAGGUGGUGGAGGAGGAGGACGACGACGACGGAGAUGGUGGUUGGGGGAAUCGGAUUCCGCCUCACGAGUUUUUGGCGAGGACGAGAAUAGCAUCGUUCUCGGUGCAUGAAGGGAUAGGGAGGACUCUGAAAGGGAGGGAUCUGAGUAGGGUUAGAAACGCAAUUUGGGAGAAAAUUGGGUUCCAAGAUUAACUUCUCCAUCAUCGUCAUCAGAGCCACAGCAAAUGACUAUAUAAUCACAACUGUGAGAUAUUAUUAUUAGUUGUUUGUUAUUAUUGUUAUUAUUAUUGAUUUCAGUUUUGUUUUUUGCUUUCUGAAAUCUGUUAUUUUAUUUCAGUUUUGGUUGAACAUACAUAUAUAUGCAGCAAAUUUUAGUGCGUGUGAUUUUGAACUUAUGAUGAGAGAAAAUAAAGGAAUGGCGGUUUUAUUAA